AAAAAUUAAUGGAUUAUUGAAAAUUUCAAAUAAAAAAGCUUUUAAAAUUUUUUUGAAUUUUUGUAUUUUUAUAUAUUAGAUUAUGGGAAUUGAUCGGGCAAACCGUUCUACUAAGAAAAAGGGACGAACAGCACCCAAAUCGGAUAAUAUUUAUCUCAAGCUGUUAGUCAAGCUGUACCGAUUUUUGGCACGCCGUACAGAGUCUCCAUUUAAUAAGACUGUACUUAAACGCUUGUUUCAGUCUCGUGUAAAUCGGCCUCCAGUUUCAAUUUCUAGGAUUAUUCGUUCUUUAAAAAACCUAGAGGACGUUGACAAUAAAACAAUUGUAGUAGUUGGAACUGUGACAGAUGACAACCGUAUAUUAGAAGUCCCAAAAAUCUCUGUUGCAGCUUUACGGGUUACAAGAACUGCACGCACUCGUAUUCUUAAAAGUGGUGGUGAAGUCAUUACUCUAGAUCAGUUAGCUGUUCGUGCGCCUUUAGGGAGUAAUGUUAUUUUAUUAAGAGGGAAAAAAAAUACUAGAGAAGCAGUUAAACACUUUGGAAUGGGUCCUCAUAAGCAUAAAAAACCUUAUGUUAGAAGUAAAGGAAGAAAAUUUGAAAGAGCUCGUGGACGCCGUCGAAGCAGAGGAUUUAAAGUUUAGAAUGUAGACUAUAGUUGAAUGUUAAUAUGUUUAAGAUUUAUAUUAUUUCUUGUAUAUUUUUUUAAUAA